AGCAAGUUCUUUUCUUUCUUUUCUAUAUAUUUCUUUACCAACAAUAAAUCUUUAACACAAUCAAACGUUUGAUUUAUAAUGGAAAGACUUCAACGUUUAUUUGGAUCUGCAGCAGCCGGUUUAGGACAGGGUAUGCAGCCUGGUAUGGAUACACCCACUGUCGACAAUGCUGAAAUGGUCUAUAUCUCUUCCCUCGCUCUUCUAAAGAUGUUAAAGCAUGGCCGUGCUGGUGUUCCAAUGGAAGUCAUGGGUUUAAUGUUAGGCGAAUUUGUUGAUGAUUAUACAGUUCGUGUUAUUGAUGUGUUCGCUAUGCCUCAAAGUGGUACUGGCGUAUCAGUAGAAGCUGUGGACCCAGUAUUUCAAACAAAAAUGUUGGAUAUGUUGAAGCAGACUGGCAGACCUGAAAUGGUAGUAGGUUGGUAUCACUCUCACCCUGGUUUUGGCUGCUGGUUAUCCAGUGUCGAUAUUAAUACACAACAGAGUUUCGAACAACUUAAUCCUCGUGCAGUUGCUGUCGUCGUGGAUCCUAUUCAGUCCGUCAAGGGUAAAGUCGUGAUUGACGCUUUCCGUCUCAUCAACCCUCAAACUGUCAUGUUAGGCCAAGAACCUCGUCAAACUACCUCUAACAUUGGUCACCUCAACAAACCUUCUAUUCAGGCUUUGAUCCAUGGCCUCAACCGCCACUAUUACUCAAUCGCUAUCAAUUAUCGAAAGAAUGAAUUAGAAGAAAAGAUGUUGUUAAAUUUGCAUAAAAAAGAUUGGACAGAUGGUCUCACAUUAGAUAACUUUACAGAACAUACUGAAUUGAACGAAAAAAGUGUGGGACAAAUGCUGACAUUAGCAGAGGCUUACAACAAAUCCGUACAGGAAGAAUUAACAAUGACACCAGAACAAUUGAAGACAAGGCAUGUGGGUAAACAAGAUCCCAAACGUCAUCUGGAAGAAAAAGUGGAGACUGUGAUGGGAAAUAAUAUCGUGAUGGCAUUAGGCGCAAUGAUUGACAGUGUUAGUUUUUAAAAUGCAAAGUGAAUAAAAAGUAGUAAGAUUCCAGAACCAAUUCAUUUCUAUAAACAAUUGUUAAAGUCAAGAAUAACUUAUUUGUACGAUAUACGAUUUUAUAACGAUAAUGGAAUAAGGCCAGACAUUCAAUACUCAUGAUUCUGGAUUUCUUUUUUUAUUUUUUUUUUAUUUUUUAACUACUAC